UUGCUUGCCCGGGGGCUCCUCUCACCGGGUCUCGGGACUCCCGGGAAGUGGACUAGCUGAGGAGGGGCAAGCUAGCUGUCUGUGAAAACCUAGUAGGAGACCCCCGGUGGGAGGCGGCCUCACCUGGCCAGGAGAGCUGGCAAGCCUGCGCGGCGGCGGAAGAAGCCGUGAGGACUGCGCGGGACAGGGGCCGGCACGGAGGGACCAUGGCCCCGCAGAACCUGGGCACCUUCUGCCUGUUGCUGUUGUACCUCAUCGGGGCCGUGAUCGCCGGGAGAGAUUUCUAUAAGAUCUUGGGGGUUCCGCGCAGUGCCUCUAUCAAGGACAUUAAAAAGGCCUACAGGAAGCUAGCCCUGCAGCUCCAUCCUGACAGGAAUCCUGAUGACCCCCAAGCCCAGGAAAGAUUCCAGGAUCUGGGUGCUGCUUAUGAGGUGCUGUCAGACAGUGAGAAACGGAAGCAGUAUGAUACUUACGGUGAGGAAGGAUUAAAAGAUGGUCACCAGAGCUCCCAUGGAGACAUUUUUUCACACUUCUUUGGAGAUUUUGGCUUCAUGUUUGGAGGAACCCCUCGUCAGCAAGACAGAAACAUUCCAAGAGGAAGUGAUAUUGUCGUAGAUCUGGAAGUCACUUUGGAAGAAGUGUACGCAGGAAAUUUUGUAGAAGUAGUUAGAAACAAGCCUGUGGCCAGGCAGGCUCCUGGCAAACGGAAAUGUAACUGUCGGCAAGAGAUGCGGACCACACAGCUGGGCCCUGGGCGCUUCCAGAUGACCCAGGAAGUGGUCUGCGAUGAGUGCCCUAAUGUCAAACUAGUAAAUGAAGAACGAACACUGGAAGUAGAAAUAGAACCUGGAGUGAGAGACGGCAUGGAGUACCCCUUCAUUGGAGAAGGUGAACCUCAUGUGGAUGGAGAGCCUGGAGACUUGCGGUUCCGAAUCAAAGUCGUCAAGCAUAGAAUAUUUGAAAGAAGAGGAGAUGAUCUGUACACGAACGUGACGAUCUCCCUGGUGGAGGCUCUGGUCGGCUUUGAGAUGGACAUUACUCACUUGGAUGGUCACAAGGUACACAUUUCCCGGGACAAGAUCACCAGGCCAGGAGCCAAGCUAUGGAAGAAAGGAGAAGGGCUCCCCAACUUCGACAAUAACAACAUCAAGGGCUCUCUGAUAAUCACUUUUGAUGUGGAUUUUCCAAAAGAACAGUUAACAGAGGAAGCAAGAGAAGGAAUCAAACAGCUUCUGAAACAAGGCUCAGUGCAGAAGGUGUACAAUGGACUGCAAGGAUACUGAGGGAAUAAAAUCGGACUUUGUUGAAAAUAAGUGAAUCGGCGAUAUUUAUUAUCUGCAGGGUUUUUGUGUGUGGUUUUGUUUUUAUUUUCAUACGCAAGUUUAAUUUUUUUCCUAAUGGUCAUCAUGAUGUGAAUAAGGGGGCGUGAGAAUUUGUCCAUUUGCAUUCAGACAAGAAUGGCCAGGAAAAUGGUUAACUAAUACCUCUCCCUUUGGGGAUACAUUGUCUGGUGCUGCCACCUGAAUUUCAAGAAUUAAAGCUGCAAGAGGACUGUUAAGAACAAAAGAAACAAUGGAAAGGGUUGGAGAUAAUUGUUAGUUACUUCAUUCAAAAUGCCAACUGGAGAAGUCUGUUUUUAAAUACAUCUUGUUAUUUUUUUCCUGACUCCUGUUUCUUUUCUCCUGUGAGCACUUGGGUUGGCCUCUCCCCGUUAAGCAAGAUGGACAUACAAGCAUGCGAAAGAAUGAUGAGAUGCAGUCCCCUGCUCCAUGAAACACACACGGCGUCUUCUAGCAAAGAGCUCGAAGAAACCGAGUACAUUAGAGAACAGGCUACAAAAAUCAAAGAGUACAAAAAGAUCUGAUUGUCUCGAGAACGUUUAUUUUCUCUCGUUUGGGAACAAUAAAAUCUGAUAUGAAUACUUUA